GUGAUCCUCCUACCUCAGCCUCUCAAGUAUCUUCUUUCAGAUACUGAAGAGUUCCUGGCAGAAGGUUUGAGGAAUGAGAACCUCAGUACUAUUGCAAGGGACCACAGAGACCAUAUUCUGCGGGGCUUUCAGCAAAUCAGAACCAGGUACUGUUGGGAUUUUCAGCCCCAAGGGGGAGAUCUUGGACAGGACAGCUUUGAUGAUAAUCACAGUGGAACUCUUGGCCUGUCCCUCACAUCUGAUGCACGCUUUUUGUCAGACUAUCAAGAAGAGGAAACAGAAGACAUCAUAAGAGGAGCUCAAGAGCUUGAUAACAUCAUCAAACAGGGAUACUUGGAGAAGAAAAGCAAAGAUCAUAGUUUCUUUGGAUCAGAGUGGCAGAAGCGAUGGUGUGUUGUCAGCAGAGGCCUCUUCUACUACUAUGCUAAUGAGAAGAGCAAGCAGCCCAAAGGGACCUUCCUCAUUAAGGGCUACAGUGUACGGAUGGCCCCCCACCUGCGAAGAGAUUCCAAGAAAGAAUUCUGCUUUGAACUGACCGCCCAGGAUAGGCGCAGCUAUGAGUUUACAGCUACUAGUCCAGCCGAGGCCAGAGACUGGGUGGAUCAAAUAAGUUUCUUGUUAAAGGAUCUGAGUUCCUUAACCAUUCCAUACGAAGAGGAGGAGGAGGAGGAGGAGGUAGAAGAAGAAAAAGAAGAAAUAGCAGAAGAAGAAGAGACCUAUGAUGAUAUUGAUGGUUUUGACUCUGGGAAUUCUGGCUCCCAGUGCAGACCCAUUGUCUUGCCUGGGAGCAUGGGGAUAAUAGAGCCUACAGAGGAGAAAGAAGAAGAAAUUUAUGAAGUCUUACCAGAUGAAGAGCAUGAUCUAGAAGAUGACGAGAGGUGCACGCGAAGAAAAGGAGACUCUACCAGUUAUUACCAGGGUCUAUGGGAUUGCCAUGGUGACCAGCCAGAUGAACUGUCCUUCCAACGGGGUGACCUCAUCCGCAUUCUGAGUAAGGAGUAUAACAUGUAUGGCUGGUGGGUAGGAGAACUGAACAGCUUCAUUGGGAUUGUUCCAAAGGAGUAUCUCACCAGUGCCUUUGAUGUGGAAGAAAACUGAAGCCCAGCCCAGGAAAUAUAUCCUUUUCUCAAUGCUGCCUUCAUAAAGAAACUGAUCACCAAGAGCUCCCACUUCCUACCCUACCUUUCCACUAUCCCAAUGGACUCCCCCUUUACUGAAGAGACCCAGGUAGUGACUGUGAACCACUGAAAAGAGGUGGGAAGAGACUCAUUCAUCACACCUGUUACUAAACCUGCCUAGUCAUAGCCCAUCCCCUGCUCUAAACAUGUCUACAUAUCCACAAAUGCCUUUUCCAUGGGCUUUUCACAAGGAAGGUGAAAGAGAAGGAAACCUUAGGAGGAGGAUUUUUUCAUUGUUCUGGCUGGUUUGAAAUGCACAAAUAAACUUCAGAUUUGGUUCCUU